AUGAAGUGGAACAGUGUUGCUUUGCGUGGUGACGGCGCGUUAAUACAGGUGCAGAAGUGCUGGCUUGCUGGCUCAGGUCAUGGAGGUGGUGGUGGUGGUGGGCUGUCAUCGGCAUCGCCCCUCCUAAAUCCCUUGCGCCAGCCACCACAACUUAAACGUGAUGAAAGAAAACACCCGUGGAUCAACUAUGCCACACAACCACUUGCUAUACCAACUGAGUUUGAGAAAAUGCAGUGGUGA